UGAAUUACAGUUCUUUUUAGUUUUACAGCAAAUUAAGCAAGUGUAUCGUAACACGUUCCCGUUGUGGAACUAAUGUUCAGCGUCACUGUGUUUCCGGGGAGAAGCUAAAGAGGUGCACACUGAAGCCUGUAUGGUCAAAUACGGUCGCAUGUGCCAGGGUAAUUGGUGAUGAUGGACACUCUGGAGGACACCUUUAGGACUCUCUCCAUUGCCAGGAGGCUACAGCCCAGUGAUGCCACGUACAUUUUGGAGCUCUCCUGUGCCAGCAGUGGGUCAGAUGUGCUGGCUGUGUGCUGCUCCAAUCACUCUGUGCACCUGCACAGCAGAGAGACGCUCCGCCUGGUGGGUGACUUCCAGGGUCAUACAGCUCCUGUGUGUGGAGUGCGUUUCUCUCAUCUCUCACCUCACCUGCUGUUCACCGGCUCUGCUGAUGGGACACUGCGGUGCUGGGACGUCCGGCGGCCUGGUUCUGAUGCCACCCAGGUGUUCCGUAGUGAUUCGACACAUUCGUACUGCUCGUUUGAUGUGAGCUGUAGUGAUCGUGUGCUGUGCGCAGGCACGGAGCAGGUGGGGGAGGACAGUUUUUUGGUAUUCUGGGAUGCCCGUAUGGUUCAGGAUGGAGGUGAGAUGGGCGGUCUGCUGGGCGUUUACUCAGAGUCACACAGUGAUGACAUAACUACGGUGAAGUUCCACCCCCAGCAGGCAGAUCGUUUGGCUUCUGGAGCCACAGAUGGGCUUGUGAACGUGUUCGAUCUGAGUCUGGGUAGAGAGGAUGAUGCUCUUGUGACCACCUGUAACUGCAAUUCCUCUGCCAGCUCCCUCUGCUGGACAGGCAAAGAUCUUGACCAGCUGCUUUGUCUGACUCAUGACGAAGGGCUCCACCUAUGGGACGUCGCUCGCCCAGACAGUGAUGACACUCUGACCCUUCUGAGCUCGGCUGAUGCUCGAACACUUGUCCAGCUCCCCGAUGGAGCGUCGCUUGAGUACUUUGUGGGCGGUACAUGGCUGUCAGAUGAGGAGCGUAUUCUGUUAGUGGGAGGGAGUAAUCAUGGAGAGCUCCACCUCCUGGACUGCAGUGGGUGUGGUCUGAGGUUCAUUAAAUCCCUCAGAGGGGGUCAUUCAGCUACAGUGAGGUGCUUCCAGUGGGAUGCAAUCAGUCAGUCUCUGUUGACGGGUGGAGAAGAUGGCCAGUUGUUGCAGUGGAAAGCAGGAGCUGAGGAAAUCAGUGUGGGGAAGAAAGAUUCUCUGAAAAGCAUCUCCUCCAUGCAGCUCAAAACUAAAGCUCACAGAAAACAAGCUGUACAGAAAGACCGCUCAAAACUAGCAUGAUCACAUGCACAGGACAAACUCAGAUUUCACUAAGAGACAGUUGACACUGAAACAAAUUGGUUAUGUGACAGAAAUCUCAGAGAAAUUGCAAACACUUUAUGGAGACUAAAUUAGAAUCUUCUGCCGUAUAAAACAUAUAGCUUAUUAUAGACAUUGGCUGAUUUUAAACAGUUUUGUGGUUUUAAAUUGUAAGUAACAAAUUGCUACAUGACAUUGAUUUGUCCAGCAGAUAAACUCAUCUUUGUGAUAGUUGUUGCCCUUAUGUAAAACAUUACAUUUCUUGUGUUUUGUUUGCAACCUUUUUUAAAAAUGUGUUUCAUAAGAUCACUUUUGAGGUUAAACACGUGACUUAAAAAAGAUAAAAUUGUGUUCUGGGUUUCAGGAAUACAAACUGAAGCUGUAUUACAUUAAAGGAAUAGUUAAACCAAAAAUUAAAAUCAUCUUAAAUUGUACUCACCCUCAGGCCACCCAAGAGGUAGAUUAGUUUGUUUCUUAAUCAGAACAGAUUUGGAGAGAUUUUGGUUUGAAUUCUUAUUCUGAUGGCACCCAUUCACUGCAGAGGAUCCAUUGGUGAGCAAGUGAUGCAAUGCUCCAUUUUUCCAUAUCUGUUCCGAUGAAGAAACAAACUCAUCUACAUGCUAGCAUGACGGCGGGUACAUUAUCAGCAAUUCUUAUAUAUUUAUUUAUUUCUAUUCCUUUAAUGCAUGGGGAUUUUCUGAAAUAACUUGUCAUAAAUGUUUUUAUAUGUACCUGCAUCAGCACCACUGUCAGAAUCACUCUCUAAUAAAUGAUGCAAAGUGCAACCAUA